AUGGGUAUCUGCCCCGGCGAGGCGCCGCGCCACAGCUGGGCCUCCGACUCCUCCGACUCCGUGGUCUCCUCGGGCAGCGACUCGGACAGCAACGUCUACAAGGUGAUGCUGCUGGGCGAGCACGGCGUGGGCAAGACCAGCCUGGCGCGCAUCUUCGGCGGUGUCGAGGACUGCGUGGACGCGGAGGAGGCUGGGAACACGUAUGACCGGUCCCUCGUGGUUGACGGCGAGGAAGCCUCACUCGUGGUGUUCGACAUAUGGGAGCAGGAUGACAGUCAAUGGCUUCAGAAUCACUGUAUGAAGAUGGGAGAUGCUUAUAUUAUUGUAUAUUCAGUGACAGACAAAGUUAGCUUCGAAAAGGCUUCUGAGCUAAGAAUCCAGCUAAGAAGAGCAAGGCAAACAGAAGACAUUCCUAUUAUUCUUGUGGGCAAUAAGAGUGACCUGGUCAGAUCCCGGGAAGUCUCAGUUGAUGAGGGACGAGCCUGUGCGGUGGUAUUUGACUGCAAGUUCAUUGAGACCUCAGCUGCUCUUCACCAUAACGUCAAGGACCUCUUUGAAGGUAUCGUUCGGCAAAUCAGACUGCGCAAAGACAGUAAGGAAGACAACGCGAGGAGGAUGGCCAACACGAAAAGAAGAGAAAGCAUAGGCAAAAAGGCAAAGCGCUUUCUUGGGAGAAUUGUGGCCAAGAACAACAAGAAGAUGGCUUUCAAAGCAAAAUCAAAAUCUUGCCAUGACUUAUCUGUGCUUUAGAAGUUUUCAGCAAAGCCAGAUGUUGUACAUGGCUGCUGGAGAAGCAUUUGACUGUUCUCAAAAGUGUAUGGAUCAUCCUCACGGUGAUAAAAGAAUGACUGUCUGAGACUCUUAAAUGCCUUAAGGUGCACAAGCAAGACUGGAAGUUGUGUUACAGUGUCUGCUUCGUUGAUAAAUUGCUUAAGUUUCAAUAUGUGCAAGUAAAUGAACUAACAAGUGGCUUCCCAAGCCCACACUUUCACUGUGUACAUAUAUGAUGUCCUCUUGUCCUGUGGAUACCAGAGAUGCACAGAUAAAGGAUGAUAGAAAAUGAAGUAUCACCUCAGACUUUUCUCAUUUGCAGAGCAAAACUUGAAAAAUGUACGCAGGCUCGUACACUCUUUUUAGUAUAAAGCAAACAAUGUUAAAUCUUUUUAAAAUUAAGUGUAGGGUGGGAGGGUAGAACCACCUUAGAAUGGGAGAAAGCAAAUUAUAUAUAUAAACUUAAAUACAGAAUAAAUAUCAUUUUAUGAAGUUAAUUUGCACUUCCAUUAACUGUUAUUCAAUUAAUUUGUUACUUGUUUACAGGCAGAUUUUAUAAUAAAGCAUUAUUUCCUG